GCGUGCCAACAUUAAGCCCACAAGCAGCAAAAUGAGUAAGAAACUGAUCAGAUGUCUUUAGAAGGAUUCUUUGGGAAGGGGAAAAGGCCCAGAGAAGAGACAGGACAAUCACGGACCCGUAGGCGAUUCCCACAUUCCAAGCCCGCUCUGCAUGAUAUACGAUGUCCGGUUCGCUAAUGAGGGAAUGAAGCAUCUAACUGCUUCGCCACAUAGAGACCUUGGGAUUCCCUCCGUGAUUACGUCACCGCACUUUCUGAUUGGCUACCUGUCACAUUCAACAGGUUGCAUUCUCGAUCUCAGUCCCGCACGCUGCGAAAGUCGGGCCCAGACAAUCAACAUGUUGAAAAUGCCUGAUUUUAGAUCGAAGCGGUCCCGAUGUUCUACACCACACUGCAGGACGAUCGGUUACGAUUAUGGCGAGCCGCACUCGGAACUAAGGGGAAAAUCGGAGCAGAAAAUGUAAAAUUAUGCCAUGUGAACUAGGCUUUAGCGGGCACAUGCCUGUCUGGCAUGUGACUCUUCCCACCCCUCCUAUCGGGCCGCAGUAAAAUUGCCAAGCCUUGACCGGUCCGCGGUGAUAAAAAGGUUGGGGACCACUGUUUUACACUGUUUACAAAUUGCAUAAGCUUUCUCCUUGCAGUUUUUUUUAUUUAGUUUAUAUUCUUAGAAGGAUUUCAAGAACCUACUUACAUAUUUAUGACCCCAACUUAGAUAUAUGUGAGACAAAUAGGACCUAGCGUUAACUUCAAAUGAAGGAAAUAAAAGGCAUUGUGCAGAAAAUACUUUUUUAGUGGCCAUAUAAUUUACUAUCUACAGUACAUGCUGUAAUUCAUUUCUAUUUGCAAAUCAAUGAGAAAUCUAAAUGUAGAAAAAUACACUUAAUGAUGAUCAUAUUUGCAGCAACUGGCUAACAUGUUUACAGUGAUUACAAAUUCUCAGUGCCGAGCAAAUGAUGAAACAUAAAACACCAAUGUGCAAAUUAUUACUGAUGUUCAGCCAGAGCCCAUUUUUUCCUUGGCAGCUCUCCUAUUCUGCCGUGAACUUCACCAUGGAGAUGGAAUGUGAUGUGCAAUGAAGAUUUGCUUAAAUUAGACAAAUAAACUCAAUUUUAUAGACUCCUGCUUGCCAAGGUGUAUUAUUGUCAGACAAUAACUGUCAUGACCAGUUAGUCUGCUCGUGUCAAACUGGAAACACUGGUGGAAGUCUGAGCUUCUGUCCUGCAGUUUGAAAUGUAUGCUGCUGGAUUUUAAGCUUUCUAAACUUUAUUCCAAUAAUAACUAUGGUAUGAUAAAUUUUUACUUUCAUUUUAAUCUGGCUGCAAGUGCUGCUAAUUGUUUUGUCAUAUGUUCAUUUACUAAUCUAGCCUGACUAUAAAUAGUAAAAUUUAUAAAAAUUAUGGUAAAGUGUUGAAAUAUAUUUAAGUAACAACAAAUGCUUCACUAUUUCUCUCAGAUUGGAUUUACUUUGCCUUGAAAAUAUUUUUAUACCUAUGGAACCUUUAAACAUUUUGUCACAUUAUAAUGAAAAUCUUCAGUGCAUUUUAUUGGGAUUUUCUGUGAUACACCAACGCAAAGUAAUGUGCAGUAAGGUAGAAGAAAACGGUGAUUAAUUUAAACCCUUUUUACAAAUAAAAAUCUGUGAAAUGUGCAGCUGCAGGUUUGUUUUGGGGAGGGGGGUAUGACUCUACCAGAUUUUAACAUUUAGAGACUGAAAUCUGGAUAGACAACAUCUGUAACACGUCUGUCUAUUUCAAGUUAUUCUUAAAAAAUGUUGAUUCAAAUACAGGUAGGUAUAUUUAGUGGUGUUGUUCUGAUGGAAGCUGAACUCCUGCCACGGACUCAAGUCUGUUGGGGCCUCUAAUGUGUUUGUUUCCUUCUAAUAAUGCAACAUAUGUAGCUUUAAAAAGUUCCCAAGCUACAUGGUGGUGCAGCUGCUAGCACUAUGGAUGCUUUGCAGGUCAUUCUGCUUCCUCACAAACAGAUGCAUGUUAGGCUAAUCAGCACCUCUAAAUUGCCCUCAGGAGUGAGAGUGCUUUUAUACGCGUGUGUGUCUCUUUGUUACCAUGUGAUGGACUUUCGCCCUGCUGUCUUCCUUGGUCUUUAUGGUGCUGUUUUAUUAAUAUUCUGGAUUAUGGUGAGAUUAAAUUACACGCAGCUGGGCUCUAUUUGCAAAUCAGGAUGUUGAAUACAUGUGCGAUGUGAGUAAAUGUGAAAAAGUUCAGAAAGUGUGACGCAUUUUGCAAGGUGCUGCCGUCUUAAUCACUUUGUCAUGUUUAAAUUACCCACAUAAAAUGCAUUAAAGUCUGAACAUUUCUGGAAAUAUGAUUAAGCAGGUAGUAAGACUUUUGUUAUAAUUAAAUAGGAAAAAUAAUUAAAAGUCUUUGCUACGUCUGAGAACAUUAAACUUCAAUUAACACAGUCAUUGAGUUUAAGUAUUAGAUCAUUAUGCUUGGGUUUAAGUAUAAGAUAAACUUUGGUAUUAUAACUUGUUUUCUGUCUCAUGAACUUCAAGAAACAAAAUUGAAACCUGUGUCUUCUUUAGAGUCGUUAAUGGAGUUCAGAGUUGGGGGUGAAACACUUCCAUUUUCUUCCGCUUUGGUCCACUUGUGCACUGGACAGAACCGCUGCAUGACCGAUCCAGACCGUUAGGAAACAUUAGAAUACAAUGAGAGAAGCCUCUGCACUCCGAACAGCUGAGGAAAUGGGCCCAGUGUGCAGGUGGCGUCCCGAUGGUUUCUUAUUGUUAUCUAACGGGAUCAGAGCGCGCCUUCAAAGCGGGGCAGAUAAAGUUUGCCAAAAGUCUGAAUGGGCCUUUUGGCCGUCCUGGGCUCCUCCCUAGACGGCAGCAGAUCGCCGAUAAAAGAAAACCAGACCUGGCCUCUUAUCUGCUCUGGAGCAUAGCUACAGGUUGAGCUCAGUGACACUCAGGGAAUCCUUCACGGCUCUGGGAAAAGAUGGAAAACUGUCCUGGGAUUUGUUUAGCACAUCCAAAACAUGAUUUCAGUCUGCUUUACAGAUUAAUCAGAGAGAAAAAAGUUUGUUUAAAUCAUUGAAGCUUGUGAAGCUCUGAGUGCUUUUUUUCUGUUGCCCCGCCUGGGCUCUGAAAAGCUUGUUUUAUCGUAUUUACACACGAACGCAGCGACAAUCAAGCGUAAUUGUGUUGCUACUGUAAUGCCUUUGAUCUCUUUAAAGUUUGGAGCGCCUGUGCCAAACGCUGGUGGUUGAGUAGCUGGCGCUGACACACACCGACGGGGAUUGAAGCAUGUCGAUGCAGAAACCCACUGGAGGGUUGAUUCCCACUUGAUUGCACAAACUUCACCGGGAAUGCGCUAAAAUUAAACUGUGAUGAAUUUUCCAGACAAGCCAAGUAUGAAGUAACUCGACAAAUUUGAUUCUUUUGCGUAUAUUUUAGAAGACGAAACUUUUUUCUUAUUUCUAUUUCUUACUAAAAAAAGUGUCUAAUUUUACUUGAAUAUGGUCAAAAGAAGUGAAGACACUGAUUAUACACUGACAAAACAAAAAAUGUUUGCUGCAACUUGUAUGAUUCUGUUUCUGAUCAUUUUCAAUCACGUUUCUAAGUGGAUAUGAUGUAAUCAGAACAGCUUUUCCCUCAUUUUGAAAUAUAAUUUUUUUUUUUUUUUAAAUAAAUUCGGAAUAUUUCAAAUAUAGUGUUUCUCAAAAUAGCUAGCUUCUAAUCUUAUGUUUUAAACUUUACACAACAACAGACAACAUAUCACAAUUUAUAUUUUAUUAAUUAAAUGGAGAAACGAGAUAUUUGCAGCAGUAUUUCUCAGUCUAGAAUCCCUCCCUUUGUAUGCUCAGAUAGAUUAAAAACUUCAUGGAUGCAGUCAUUUAUGUUCACAAUCAUGAUUCAGAGAAUCCUCUGAGGAAUAACAAAUGCCUCUGCUGGUUCCUCCUCAACAAGAGAACCAAACCUAACGAGCACCAGGGAGGAGGCAGGAGGCAGGCAGCUGAAAAGAAAAACUUUUACCUUAGGAAAUUCAAAAACUUUGGUACAGAGAGGAAACUGCAGAGAUGGGAGAAAUGCCUGACAAAACACACGGGGAAGCAGAGAGUCGAACGCUCCAUGGCAAAACUCCAAACCAAAGUCCCAGAGAUCAUGACAGGAUUUGACUUUAAAGUCUGUGUUAACAUUGGGCUGCAUAUGAGAAAUAAAAAUAUAGAAGAUGUAUUUAGUGGACUGAAGAAUAUGUAGGAAACCGAUUCAACCAAAACAUAUACAAAAUUAAUAAAAUUUGUCAAGUUAAUCAUCAAAAAUGUUUGAGCCAUUUCUCAUGACGACAAUGCCUUUUUUAAAUGCAAUCAAUGUUACAUUUGCGCAGUCAAAUUGCAAUCAACUCUUUAGUUGCUGAUUUAUUUCCAGUUGUCUGUCCGACCCAAGAACCAGCAUUUGGCACCAGGGCUUCAAAUACACUUAAAAUAUUAAGUCUUGUGUCUCUAUAAGUACAAAUAAAACUGAAUGUUUAUGAUAUCAUUCACUCCAGCAACUAAAUGAAUGACCCUAUUUGUCAUUUAAUUGAUUUUUAAAAGUAAUUACAAUUUGAAAAUGAGUGAAAAUGUAAUGUUUUUAAGUGUCUUUGAACUGUUAAAUUUCUGAAUAAAAUCUGCCCAAACUCAAACAGUUUCACUGAUUGAGAUUCUAGCAGUUUGGUUUUACAGUGCAGGCUAAAGUGGAAGCCUGUGGGAAGUGAGUGUUACAAUCUGAAUUUUAAAGUGACAACUGUUUCAGUCAUUUUAAUCCCGAGUGCUUAAUUGCCUUUUCUAGUGUACAAAUUGUAAAAUACCUGAUCAAAGUGGGAGCUUGUGGAAAGUAAACGUCCAAAUUUGUAACCUUUAAAGAACAGCUGCCUCAGUCAGAGGAUAAUUAGAUUCAGUGAGACAGAGUCUUUAAAUCCUGUCCUCUGGAACUCUCCAGACGUCGCGGACUCGGUGGCGCCAGGUCUUCACACGCUCACAGGAUAUGGAAAGACUUCAAUAACGAGCCAUUAUCCCCCAAUCAUCGGGAUUGAUCGGGCGUUAACAAGGGGCUCUACAUAUGCAAAUGGCGGCGAGUGUCCGGGGCAGCUAUAAAAGCUUGGCUGCAGGCGGGAGCUGCCACAGCACGCUCUCCUGUGACAUUUGGUGGAUUUACAGGCCACUGGGCAGCAGCACCGUGGACAUGGUGAAAUACUUUUCGGUGGACUGGUUGGCGCAGAGCCACAACAGCGGCGCAGCGAAGGAGGGGCAAAGAGCUUCCCGUGCGCACAGACCUCAUGUUCUCUGCAUGGUGCAGCCGAGCGCACCGGCUUUUGGUAAAGGUUACCUGCAGCCGAAACCCAAGUCGUCAAAGGCCGCUAAGCAGGGAGGGUCAGAUGAGGUCAGAGAACCGCAGAGCUCCGGCGUCGGCUCACCGUUGCAUCCAGCAGACUGCUCCUCUCCAAUUUUUGAAAUGAGCGGGUAUUCCUCCGGGUACGAGAGCGAAGCGGCUUCCUCCGAGUGUCCCUCAGCGGAUGGAGGGAAUGAUGCGGAGAAAGACGCACCGCAGCGCCGAGUGCGCACCAAGUUCACUCCGGAGCAGAUCAGCAGGCUGGAAAAGAUCUUCAGCAAACACAAAUACCUGGACGCGGGGGAGAGGUUGAAGACGGCACAGAAGCUGAACCUCACAGAAACUCAGGUCAGGACUUGGUUCCAGAACAGGCGGAUGAAGCUGAAACGGGAAGUCCAGGACUACCUCGCUCCCCAGGUGUCCUUCCAGCCUCUGCACCCGGUUCAGUACCACUCCAUGGCCGCGCACCAGGCCCACUACAGUGCAUCCGGCCGCGGCCUUUACCCGCUGCCCGUCUCGCAGCUGGUCCUGGCGCAGCAGCUGACUCCUCACCCCGCGCCUCAGCUCAUGAUCCGGCAUCCACAUUUCUACUGAACAAACUCCCACAAGAGACUCUUCAUUCCGACAGAGACACUUAUAAUCCCAAAACGUGCUAUCCGAUUUGUGAGGAUUUUGUACAGAUUUUGUAUAAUUACAAAUAUAUCUAUUUAUGAUAAUUGAAUAAAGUUAUUCAUCUAUAUUGAA